UUUAGGUCAACGAACAUUACUGAGGAUCAAUCAGACCACACAGCCCUCAAGCUCAGAUGGAAGAAAGCCAUCAAAUUGCAGUUCAACGCAUGAGAAAUUCAAUUAAGAAGUUAGGUUCUUCAGUAGAGAAACAAAAAGAUGCAACUCUCAUGAGGUUCUUAGUGGCAAGGUCAAUGGACCCUGAGAAGGCAGCUCGUAUGUUCGUGCAGUGGGCGAAAUGGAGGGCUGAUUUUGUGCCACGUGGUCAUAUACCAGAUGACGAGGUUCUCCAAGAACUAGAGAGCAAGAAAAUCUAUUUGCAGGGCCUCUCAAAAAAUGGCUACUCUCUCCUCAUUGUUCUUGCAAGAAAGCAUUUCCCUUCAAAAGAUCACUUACAGUUCAAGAAGUUUGUGGUUCAUUUGCUCGACAAGACCAUUGCCAGUUCGUUUAGUGGAGAAGAGAAGGGAGAUGAAAAAUUAGUAGCAAUCCUUGACCUCGAGAGUCUCACUCUCCAGAACAUUGACCCUCGCGCAUUGAUUACUGGUUUUCAAUUUUUACAGGCAUACUACCCUGAGCGGCUAGCAAGAUUAUACCUAUUAAACAUGCCAUGGAUUUUUGUUAGUGUUUGGAAGAUGGUAUCGCGUUUCUUAGAGAAAGCAACACUAGAGAAAGUUGUGAUAGUGGGAAAUGAAGAAGGCAAGAGGACAAUUUUGGAAGAUAUAGGAGAAGGGACUUUGCCGGAGGAAUAUGGUGGGAGAGCCAAGCUUACACCUCUUCAAGAUGUCAAGCUUAGUCACUGGCCACUGACUGCUUGACAGAAUUUUAAUGUUUAUUUCUUUAUUUCUUCCCAUUGUAUGUUCACUAUUUUGGUUCCUUUUUAUUUAAAAUAGGGAUUUUUAAGAAAACAGUUAUAGGAGUGGUUUGCAUAAGGUUGCAGCCUUGAACAAUCCUAAUCCUAUUAGAACGUACCUCUAACUUUUAUCAUAAAUGUAAUUUUGAUAUAAAUUUUUUUUUAGGAUGGCUUGAGAAUCUA